AUGCCUUUCGACCGGUGCCUAGAUGAGCUCUCUGGAAGCAGCGACAUGGUGAAAACUGCCGUGAACGCCUUGAAGACGGCCAAGACCUUCGUGGUCAAAGACUUGAAACGAGAUGUGCUGCGUGGGCUGACGAGCGUAGGGAAUGACUUGCUAAAGUUUCUCACUGACACCUUCCCUGGAGGGAUUGAACAGCUUAUGAAACAGUUCAACGUCCUUGACAUGGCCAACUCAUUCUUGAAGAUGGUCAUCCAUAUUUAUGAGGAUUGCUAUGAUGGAUUGAAGUCCUUCUUCAAGAAGGUGAUGAAGAUCUUCCAAAAAGCCACGAAUGGUCCCUUAAAGCUUCCUCGGAACAAAGAUGGAGAGCACUGCGCGUUGAAGUGGGACAUGACGAUCUUCUUCUACACGGACU